AUGGACCGAUGGAGCAGAGUGCCUCGCUGGGGUCUCCUGCUGGUGCUCUGGGGCUCCUGCACCUUCAGUCUCCCCGUGGACACAGGCGCCUUCAGAAGGAUCUUCCUCAAGAAAAUGCCCUCAGUCCGGGAAAGCCUGAAGGAGCGCGGUGUGGACGUGGCCAGGCUCCGGGCAGAAGGGAGCCAGUUCUCCCAGAGACUGUCCUUCAGCAACAGCACCUCUCCCGUGGUCCUCACCAACUACCUGGACACCCAGUACUAUGGCGAGAUUGGCAUUGGCACCCCACCUCAGACCUUCAAAGUCAUCUUUGACACAGGAUCAGCCAACCUCUGGGUGCCCUCCACCAAGUGCAGCCCUCUCUACACAGCCUGUGAGAUUCACAGCCUCUACGACUCCUCGGAAUCCUCCAGCUACAUGGAGAAUGGGACGGAAUUCACCAUCCACUAUGGAUCUGGAAAAGUCAAGGGCUUCCUGAGCCAGGACAUGGUGACUGUGGGCGGAAUCACGGUGACACAGAUGUUUGGAGAGGUCACGGAGCUGCCCCUGAUGCCCUUCAUGCUGGCCAAGUUUGAUGGGGUCCUGGGCAUGGGCUUCCCUGCGCAGGCCGUUGCUGGGGUCACCCCCGUCUUCGACCACAUCCUCUCGCAGAGGGUGCUCAAGGAGGACGUCUUCUCCGUCUACUACAGCAGAAAUUCCAAGAAUUCCCAUUUGCUGGGGGGAGAGAUCGUGCUGGGAGGCAGUGACCCCCAGUAUUACCAGGGGAACUUCCACUACGUGAGCAUCAGCAAGACCGGCUCCUGGCAGAUCAAAAUGAAAGGGGUGUCUGUGAGGUCAACCUUGCUCUGUGAGGAGGGCUGCAUGGUGGUGGUGGAUACCGGUGCCUCCUACAUCUCAGGUCCCACCAGCUCCCUGAGGCUACUCAUGGAGACCCUGGGGGCCAAGGAGCUGAGCACAGAUGAAUACGUGGUGAGCUGUAACCAGGUGCCCACACUCCCUGACAUCUCCUUCCACCUCGGAGGCAAACUCUACACACUCACCAGUCAAGACUACGUAUUACAGGACCCCUACAGUAAUGAUGACCUGUGCACACUGGCUCUCCACGGUCUGGACAUCCCACCACCCACUGGGCCUGUCUGGGUCCUGGGCGCCACCUUCAUCCGCAAGUUCUACACGGAGUUUGAUCGGCGAAACAAUCGAAUUGGCUUUGCUUUGGCCCACUGA